AAUAUUGUUCAUUUCAAAGUUAAUUAUCAGGCAUUUUGUGUCAAGCAAAGUAAUGGCAAAUAUAGAAAAGUUUAGCCAAAAAGUUGUUUUAGUAACAGGGUCGAGUUCAGGCAUCGGUGCGGCCACUGCUGUCCAUCUGUCAGGUCUUGGGGCACAAGUAGUGAUCACUGGUAGGAGUGCCGACAGAUUGCACGCCGUUUCCAUUCAAUGCCAACAAAACUCCACUCAAGGCUUAAAACCUCUUCAAGUGAUCGCUGAUUUGGACGAUGAGAAUGACUCCAAGCUAUUGAUCGACACGACUAUCAAGAGUUUCGGUCGACUCGAUGUACUCGUCAAUAAUGCCGCAGAAUUUAACUGCAAUAGUAAUAUACAAAACCAGGACUCCAUACACACCUACGACAAGUUUGCCAACGCUUUGGCCCACUCUAUGGCUAAGAGUGCUAUCGAUAUGUUCACCCGUAGUCUUGCAUACGAAUUGGGCCCACAAGGGGUCCGAGUCAAUAGUAUCAAUCCGGCUCAGAUGAAAACACCUGUUUAUGAGAACUUCGGAAUGAGUAAAGAAGAGGUGGAGAAGAUGUGGUCAGAAGUGAGUAAACAGUAUCCGUUGCGAAGACCCGGAGAGCCCGAAGAUGUGGCCAAAGCGGUGGCAUAUCUGGCAUCGGAUGACUCCUCCUUUGCUACGGGAGUGUCACUCAAACUGGACGGGGGUUUCAUGGAUUCGCUUCAAUUCAUUUUCAGCUAAUUUUAUACAAAAUUCAAUUAUUUCUAAAAUAGAAUUUUGUAAUCAAAUUGAAUUUUUUCACAAAUUAUUUUUAAUAAUAACAAUAAUCAUAUAGAAUUUAA